AUGAAAGGAGUAGGUCUCUGGUUUGCGCUUCUUGCGCCUUUGGUCGAUGCAAGAGCAUCGCCCACGGUGGAUCUCGGAUACACCCUCCACCAAGCAGAGGUUGAGAGCACGACGAAUGGAGCGUGGUAUCUAAAUUUUACAAAUGUUCGAUAUGGAACCGGACGUCGUUUCCAGCCUCCUGUCUCUCCUCCAGUGAACAGGACUGUGCAGACUGCAGGCGCAUACAACAUUCGAUGCCCGCAAGGGGAACCAGCAUGGCUCAGCAUGUUUGGACAACCGACGGGAAAUCUGACGGGAGUGCCUCCAGUCACGGCGGGAGACCUCCCUCCGAUCGAUCCCAGCACUCAUGAGGACUGUCUUUUUCUGGAUGUCUUUGUCCCAGAACAAAUUUUUAACGCCAGAAGAAGUCGAAAUGCUUCGGUGAUCGUGUGGAUCCAUGGUGGAGGAUAUGUGACUGGAUGGAAGUCCAUUUACACCCCUGGGCCUGGUCUGAUUGAGACGGCGCAAAAGGAGGGUCGGGGUACGAUCUUUGUUUCUAUUAAUUAUCGCUUGGGGUUAUUUGGGUUCCUGACGGACCCGGAUUCCAAUGAGGUUACGCGUAACCUAGGACUCCGAGACCAGCAGUGUGCCUUGCAAUGGGUUCGGAAAUACAUUCAUCUCUUUGGUGGCAAUCCUAAUGCUGUCACUGUGAUGGGUGAGUCGGCUGGAGGCGGCUCAAUCAUGUAUCAUCUCACCUCUGGCAAUGACUCGUCUCAGCCGUCAUUCCAGCGGGCUAUCAUUCAGAGCCCGUUCACCAUCAACAUUCCUUCGAGUCAGCAGAAAAGCACUUUGCAAAAGGUGUUUCAGAGAGCCAAUGUGUCCUCGUUGGAGCAUUUGAAGAAGCUGCCCACGAAGGAACUGCAGAUUGCCAAUGCUCUUAUUGUGGGCAACGCAAAGCCCUAUGGAACUUUUGUCUUUGGUCCGGUCAUUGAUGAACCCAAUUUCCCGGGCUAUCCUCCCGUCCUCCUGGAGGAGGGUCACUACAACCAUGACGUUUCAAUCAUAGCAGGACAUAACACCAAUGAAGGCAAAAUGUUUGCCUCCCCAUCUAUACACACAGAUAAAGAAUUUACCAGCCUCAUCGCCAGCAUAUUCCCGAGUAUAUCACCCAAUGCCCUAUCAGUUAUCUCAGAUGAGCUGUACCCUCAUGACUUCAGCGGCAAGCACGGCUACAUAGAUCAGACCGGUCGCGUGGCAUCCACGAUCCAGGAUUCUCUUAUCAUCUGUAACGCCUAUUUCCUCGGCGAGGCUUUCCGGCGCAACAACGCGAGCUUCAAAUACGAGUUCAGUGUCCCCCCUGCUCUUCAUGCAGAUGACCUUGCGUAUACCUUUUACGCGCCUGGUACCUCAUCGUCAGACGUCAAUGCCACUCUUGCCGGGAUAAUGCAGUCUUACUUUGUGAGAUUCAGUACCACGGGAAAUCUUUGCUCUCCUCAUCAGGAGGCCGCAUUCCAGGCAGAUGAUGUGAUUCAGAACUUUAAUAUUUCGACUGUUGGGCCUAUGAGGGAUACUGUCUCGGCUGAGAGGUGUGAUUGGUGGCAGAAGGCCUUUCUGUAA